UUCGCGACGGAGAUUUGGAUUUUAGAUCAUUCUAAUAUUUGCGGCAGAAGAAUUCGGAGAAACUGUGAGUACGAUCUCAGGCGUCAAUUGGCAAUGAUGAUUCGCCCUGUUUUGUUGUUUGUUCUUCUUGCUCUACCGUUCUUCUUCUUCUUGUCUAGAGGAGCGAAAACCCUAGAUCCCUACAAGGUUCUUGGGGUUGAGAAGAGUGCUACUCAACGUGACAUUCAGAAAGCUUUUCACAAGCUUUCUCUAAAAUAUCAUCCUGACAAAAACAAGAACAAAGGUGCACAGGAGAAGUUUGCUGAGAUAAACAAUGCAUAUGAAAUUCUCUCAGAUGAGGAUAAGAGGAAGAACUAUGAUCUGUAUGGCGAUGCACAAGGUAAUACAGGAUUUAAUGAGGGAAAUUUUGGAAAUCGUGAAGGAUACACGUACUUCUCUAGUGGUGGUCCUGGUGGUGAGCACUUCACCUCCGGACCUGGUGGAUGGCAAACAACGAGUGGCCAGGGUAAUACAAGAUCAUUCUCCUUCUCUUUCGGCGGUGAUUCCAGCACUAGUGGCAGUCCGUUCGGCUUUGACAUGGGCGACAUUUUUUCUAACUUUUUUCGAUCGAGUGGAAAGUAUAACGGGAAUCAUCAAGGUGGUUUUAGUAGCUCAGGUACCGGGCCAAACUCUGAAUUUCCUCCUGUAAACAUAGAAGACAUCGAUUUGCCGUCCUUCAAUAAGAAAAUUAGAGAUCAAGGCAUGACUUGGCUAUUACUAUUCUACUCCUCUUCCUCAAAGGGACAUAAUGCCAUUGAAUCAGUAAUUUCCGAAGUUGCUAAUUCUUUACAUGGAGCAGUAAAGGCUGGUAAGAUAAACUGCCAAACUGAGCAGGCUCUUUGUAGGGAUCUUGGCGUUCCAUCUUCCAAAUUGGAUCGGCUUUUCAUUUAUAGAGAUGGAAGCAACGGCAGGGAUUCAUUGUUAGAGUAUAAUGGAGAGUUUGAUCCCAGAAGUUUGAAAAGUUUCUGCCAGGAUCACCUGCCAAGAAUUUCAGAAAGGGUAGAUCUUAGCCGUUUUGAGUUUCCAAGUAUCAAUGAGAACCUUCCACAGGUGCUACUGCUGUCUACGAAGAAAGAUACGCCUAUCAUGUGGCGUGUUAUUAGUGGGUUGUAUCGUAAGCGUUUUGCCUUCUAUGAUGCUGAGGUUCAUGAUGUCUCGCACCCUUUUUUGAAGAAGUAUGAGGUUAAAGAACUUCCAGCCUUGGUCGGAAGGCUGAGCAAUGGUGAUACCUAUGUUUUGAAAGCUGGGCCUGGGAUUGCCGUAAAAGAUUUGCAGUCUGGCAUCAAUGAGCUAAAAUCUCUACUGGAAAGUUUUGAAAGGAAAAAUAAGGCAGCUUCAAGCCAUUCCAAGAAAACUGAAUCUCAAGAGAAGAGCAUUCCUCUUCUCACACCUUCAAACAUGAACACUUUAUGUGGGGAUGCUACCCCUGUUUGUUUUAUUGGCGUCUUCCGGUCACAAAAAGCAAGGGAGAAGCUGGAUAAUAUUCUGUCAGCUUUGUCUCGGAAGACACUAGUGAGGAAACAGAGCCAAGGCUUGGGUCAUGGUGAUUCAAUUUCUUAUUCGCUUCUGGAUGCCAAGAAGCAAGCACAAAUAUUGAGUUCUUUUGAUCGAUCUGGAUUCAAGUCCUUUGAUACGUUUAUCCUCUCUUAUAAGCCUAGGAAAGGAAAAUUUGCAGCUUAUACUGGCGAGCUGACUAUGGAGGAAGUUGAGAAAUUUGUAGGUUCAGUUCUGAAUGGGGAUGUUAUCUUUACUAAGAUUCGUCAAAACCCAACAUUUAAAUGAGUAAAUAUAUGUGGUAGCUUUGGAUGGAGAAAUUAUUCUGUGUG